AUGUCGCCAUCAAGCUCCCAAGAUUUCCCGCACCUAAACUUCCGUUCUUUUGUUGAAGCACUCAAAUCCGACGGCGACCUCGUUGAGAUCAACGAAGAAUGUGACCCAAAUCUCGAAGUCGGCGCCAUCAUUCGCAAAGUUGUCGAGACAGAUGAACGAGCACCCCUCUUCAACAGGCUCAAGGGUCAAGAUGCAAACGGCUUCUGGCGUAUCCUCGGCGCGCCAAACUCGCUGCGAUCCGAUCCCUCCCAGCGUUUUGGAAGACUGGCGAGACACCUCGGUCUCCCUCCCACGUCGACUAUGAAGGAGAUACUUGACAAGAUGAUUGCCGCCAAGAGUUCGACCCCAAUCCCUCCCGUUGUCUCGGAUACCGGGCCCUGCAAGGAGAUUCGCUUGACUCCAGAGCAAUUUGACCUCACCAAAUUACCGGCACCGAUGCUGCACCGGUCUGACGGCGGAAAGUACAUCCAGACGUACGGUAUGCAUAUUGUCCAAUCGCCGGACGGGAAGUGGACGAACUGGUCCAUCGCUCGCGCCAUGGUAUACGACAGAAACCACCUCGCGGGGCUAGUUAUCGAACCGCAGCACAUCUGGCAGAUCCAUCAGAUGUGGAAAAAGAAGGGUAGAGAUAUGCCUUGGGCGUUGGUCUUUGGUGUGCCGCCGGCUGCCAUCAUGGCUUCGAGCAUGCCUUUGCCGGGCGGUCUGUCCGAGGCGGAGUAUAUCGGAUCACUGGUCGGAGCACCGUUAGAGGUCGUGAAGUGUGACACUAAUGGGCUGCAUGUCCCUGCUAACUCGGAGAUUGUAUUUGAGGGCGUUUGCUCUGCUACGGAGACGGCACCCGAGGGUCCAUUCGGAGAGAUGCACGGGUACGUGACUGGUUCGAAUUAUCAAUAUGUCUUCCCUGGCGAUGCCCACCCCCAGCCGAAGUACAGGGUCGACCUCAUCACACACCGCAAAGACGCCAUUCUUCCGGUCUCAAACUGCGGCCGACUAACUGAUGAGACACACACCAUGAUUGGACCCCUAGCCGCCGCCGAGAUCGGCUUUCUCCUCAAAUCAAAGGGUCUGCCCAUCAAAGAGGCUUUUUCCCCCUUCGAAUCGCAGGUGACAUGGGUCGCCCUCCAGGUCGACACCGAAAAGCUUCGCGCCAUGAAGACCAAUGCGAGGGACUUUUGCCGAUCCAUCGGCGACGUGGUCUUCAAUGAUAAGGUCGGCUACACGAUCCACCGCCUCGUCAUUGUCGGCGACGACAUCGACGUGUACAACUUCAAGGACAUAAUCUGGGCCUUUUCCACCCGCUGCCGCCCUGGCCUAGAUGAAUACCAUUUUGAGGACGUCCGCGGCUUCCCGUUGAUUCCAUACAUGUCGCACGGCAACGGUGACAUUCGCAUGGGGGGAAAGGUUGUUUCCGAUUGUCUAAUGCCAACCGAGUACACCACCGGCCGUGACUGGGAAGCUGCGAGCUUCCAGGAGUCGUACCCGGUUGAUGUCCAGGAAAGGGUGCUGCAGCGCUGGGAGUCAUUUGGAUUCGCUUCCAUAUGA